UUGCGCACCGGGAGAGCGCAGGGAGACUCCUGCGUGCGCGCGUGCGUCUCAGAGCUGCUGCUCGGCGAUGCCCAUUUUGAUGGGGGGGGGAUCUUCGCCAAUGCCAUGAUUCUACGAUGGGUCGGAGUGGUGAUGCCGGAAAACCAAGCCCAGAUGCCACUCUUGGGGACGAGGUUGAGCGAUGACGACCCUGUGAGAAGGAGGCAGGAGCCCGCGAAGGGCCCACGGAGCGGAGGGGUCAGUGAAGCCUCCACCGAGUCCGAGCCACGAGUGGGAGGGCCGCAGACACACCAAACCGCGGCGGAGAAGAUGGAAAACAGGCAGUGCCAGGUGCUGAACGCCGAGAGGGUGAAGGCUCUGGAGGCCUGGGUGGCAGCCACCAACACAAAGCUGUCUCAGGUGAACGGCCAGAGGAAGUAUGGAGGACCGCCUGAGGUGUGGCACGGCCCCCCACCGGGAGCCCGCUGCGAGGUCUUCAUCAGCCAGAUCCCGCGGGACGCCUACGAGGACCUCCUCAUCCCCCUGUUCGGCUCGGUGGGGCCGCUGUGGGAGUUCCGGCUCAUGAUGAACUUCAGCGGGCAGAACCGGGGCUUCGCCUACGCCAAGUACGGCACGGCGGCCACGGCCACGGACGCCAUCCGCCAGCUGCACGGCUUCGUGCUGGAGCCGGGCUUCCGUCUCAACGUGCGGCGCAGCACGGAGAAGAGGCACCUCUGCAUCGGAGAGCUGCCCGUCUCCACCCGACGGGAGGCUCUGCUGCUGGUGCUGCGUGGGCUGGCGGACGGCGUGCAGAGCGUUUCCCUGACGGCUGGCCCGGGCAUCGAGGGCGUGUCCGCCGUAGUGGCCUUCUCGUCCCACCACGCUGCUUCCAUGGCCAAGAAGGUGCUGGUGGAAGGGUUCAAGAAGCAGUUUUCCCAGAGCGUCUCCAUUGAUUGGCACUCGGCAGAGAAGAUGAGUCCGGAGGAUUCUGUGUCGGCCCACAGGAGUCCCCGGUCCCUAGCCCGGCUCCCACGCCCGGCCCCUUCUCCAUCUGUUCCCCCCGGCUUCUGCAGAGCCCCGGGGGGGCCUGCCGCUCACAUGCCGCCUCCUGCCAGAGGCCCCCCCGCCCCCCCGGGGCGUUUGGUGGACGCCUCCCCGGUCGCGCUGCUGCAGAAAAUGUGCGCGGCGUCCGGCCUGGGCCCGCCGCUCUACCAGACGCGCUACAGCGGCACGGGGAGAGAUGGAUUCCUGCACUUCAGGUACGAGGUGCGCAUCCCCGGGGCCCCCGCCACAUUCACAGGGCUGCUCAUGAUCUUGCCGGGACCCACUGCCUCCGUCCUGCGGGAGGCAGAAAGGGCCGCGGCCCAAAGGGUUCUGCAGGAGCUGAACCACAAGCAGGUCGCCGCCUAACGGGCCCUCCGGCUCCGGCCCCGUCCGUCUGUUCGGUUCAUUUAGGGUUGCUUUGAUUUCUGCAUGUUUUUAUUAGUUGUAGGGGACUCGUGUGCUGUUUGCCCUUUUGGCUGUGUGUUUUCUGCAUGUUUUUUUACUGUGGUGUUCUGAGUUCCUCAUUUUAAUUAAAUGAGCUUUGAAAAGGUU